CCGUCUCGAUUCGUACGAAACAUGUGGUAUGAGCAGUUAUAUUCGGGAGCAAUAACGAUAUUCUUCGUCUGGGGUGCUUGCCUGAUGUCGUAUCCUUUCAAUCGUCUCGAUGUUCACCGUGCUUACCGACGAAAUUACGGAAACCUCGAAAGGUUAAUAUGCCAUUUUACUACUUUCAAUAACAAUUUCAGGAUUCAACUAAGUCAGCGUGACCAUCGUUUGACAGGAAAUCAAUAUGUCAUCUCCGGACUUAAUGCAAUUCCCGAUGCAUGA